GACAAUUUUCGAGCAGUGUAUAAUUUAAUGGGAGGAAAUGACAGGAUCAGGGAACUCAAGAUGAAGUAUGAUCAGAAAACACCUAAGAAGUUUUCCUCACAAAGGUUACUAUGUUCUGAAGAUAAACUUUUCAUGCUCCUGUUAAGACUGAGAAGAGGAUACCCAUUCGAGGAUUUGGGAUACUUCUUUGAUGUUGACCCAGAUUACUGCUGCAGAGUGGUAUAUGCUGUGUUGCGGUAUUUGUGUAUCACCUUCCAAAACCUGGAGAAGCACCUGUUCAUCAGUGCAGAAGCUCAGAAUGAGAGGAAGCCCUUGCCUUUCAGGCCCUUCAAGAACUUGAGAGUAAUUAUUGAUGGGUUUGAUUUGUUCAUUGACUGUCCAUCCAAUUUUCAACAGCAGGGUAAUACCUACUCGGACUACAGAAGUCACAACACAGUAAGAUUUAUAAUCGGAAUAUCAUGCCAUGGUGGAAUCAUCUAUGUUAGCCCUGGGUUCGAGGGAAACAUGUCAGAAAACCAAAUGCUUGCAAAGUCAGGCUUUUAUGACCUACUGGAUGAAGGGGAUGCUGUCAUGUCUGAUAGAGGUUUUAAGAAUAAUGAUGAGCUGCUGAGAAGAGGUGUGGAGCUUAUAAAGCCACCAUCUCUGGGAAAACGUUCCCAGUUCACAGCAGAAGAGGAGAUACGAACCCGAGCCAUUGCAUCAGCUCGCAUAUAUGUGGAACAUGCAGUAAGACUAAUAAAAGCUAACAGACUUCUUAGGUCUUACUCCACUCCAUUGAAUUCCUUGGGUACUAUUUCUGACUAUGUCUAUGUAGCUGGCUACCUAGCCAAUUUUGGCUUUAAGAAGAUGGGUAAGCAGAAGCGGACAAGUGUUGAAAAAUCAUUGUGGAUAUUUGCCCCAAUUGGGGCACCCAAUACUAAACAGCAAUCCCAAGCAACAACUCUUCGUCUGGAUGGAGAGUUAUUCCUAGAAAAACUUUUGCUCCUCAGAGGAACGAAGACUUUAACUUUACAGUGA